AUGGACGCGGCGUUGAAGCGGAGCCGCUCCGAGGAGCCGGCUGAGCUCUCACCGCCUGCCCGGGACGUGGAAGAGGAGGAGGAGGAGGAAGAGGGGAUGGAACAGGGGCUGGAGGAGGAGGAAGAGGUGGACCCCCGGAUCCAGGGAGAACUGGAGAAGUUAAAUCAAUCCACGGAUGAUAUCAACAGACGGGAGACUGAACUUGAGGAUGCACGUCAGAAGUUCCGCUCUGUUCUCGUUGAAGCAACGGUGAAACUGGACGAGCUGGUGAAGAAAAUUGGCAAAGCCGUGGAAGACUCGAAGCCCUACUGGGAGGCGCGGAGGGUGGCAAGGCAGGCUCAGCUGGAAGCUCAGAAAGCAACGCAGGACUUCCAGAGGGCCACGGAGGUGCUCCGUGCCGCCAAGGAGACCAUCUCCCUGGCCGAGCAGCGGCUGCUGGAGGAUGACAAGCGGCAGUUUGACUCCGCCUGGCAGGAGAUGCUGAAUCACGCCACUCAGAGGGUCAUGGAGGCAGAACAGACCAAGACAAGGAGCGAGCUAGUGCACAAGGAGACGGCAGCCAGGUACAAUGCUGCCAUGGGCCGCAUGCGGCAGCUAGAGAAGAAACUCAAGAGAGCAAUCAACAAGUCUAAGCCUUAUUUUGAACUCAAGGCAAAGUACUAUGUGCAGCUUGAGCAACUGAAGAAGACGGUGGAUGACUUGCAGGCCAAACUGGCCUUGGCAAAAGGCGAGUACAAGACGGCCCUGAAGAACCUAGAGAUGAUCUCGGACGAGAUCCACGAGCGGAGGCGCUCCAGUGCCAUGGGGCCUCGGGGCUGUGGCGUUGGGGCUGAGGGCAGCAGCACAUCUGUGGAGGUCCUCUCAGGGACCAAACCUGAGCUGGACGCCGUUUCUGUGGCCUCAGAGGCCUUUGAAGAUGACAACUGUGGCAACUUUGUGUCUGAAGAUGAUUCGGAAACCCAGUCUGUGUCCAGCUUUAGUUCAGGACCAACGAGCCCGUCUGAGAUGCCUGAUCAGUUCCCUGCCAUCACAAGGCCUGGCAGCCUGGAUCUCCCCAGCCCUGUUUCUCUGUCAGAGUUCGGGAUGAUGUUCCCAGUAUUGGGCCCUCGCAGCGAAUGCAGUGGGGCCUCUUCCCCUGAAUGUGAGGUAGAACGAGGAGACAGGGCAGAAGGGGCAGAGAAUAAAACGAGUGACAAAGCCAACAACAAUCGGGUGCCUAACAACAGCAGUGGCGGCAGUGGUGGCAAUGGCAAGAGCCAAAGAAGCAGCGCCUCCACCGAGGGCCAGGCCUUGGAGAACCGCAUGAAGCAGCUUUCCCUCCAGUGCUCAAAGGGAAGAGAUGGGAUUAUUGCUGACAUAAAAGUGGUGCAGAUUGGCUGAUCCAUCCAGGGCCCUCACCCAUGUGCAUAUCAAUAUUUAUACACGAAACCGUAUGGAGAACAUUGUGCCAAUAAUCAUUUAACAUAUGCCAAAUCAUAAGCAUUUAAACUGAAACUAAGCAUUUAAACUGAAACUAAUGGAGUUUCAGUGACCUUGAAGGCUGAAGAUUUUUCUUCUAGGUAAGAGCUCUUGGGCUGAUUUGUUUUUCAGAAAAGAGGAGUUGUUACAAGUGGACUGUGUCCAAGUUGACAGGCCUCAUGGAACAUUCUCUGCAAUGGCAUUGUGGAAGCAAUAACUAGUUCCUAUGAAAGAACUGAAACCAGGAUAGGAGUUGGGAAGCUAGGCCAAACGGGGGGUCAACAGCUUGCUUCUUCCCAUUCUCUCACCCUGUUUGUUUGGGAAAAAUGGAAAUGUUCUCUCCUUUAUAUCCCAGGGGAUCUAAGUAAAAGAAUUAAAAACAAAACAAUGAAACCCCAAGUACUCAGAGCAUACCUUUUUGACCUACUGAAGACUUAAAAUAAAUCUAAGGAACUGACUGGAUAUUUAGGUCAAGAACACAAUUUUCAUCACCUCUGGUAUGCAGAGGGAACCUUUUGAAAAGAGUGUAUGCUGAGAUGGCCACCUAGAAACUUUAAAAAACAUUUUCUAGAAAGGUUACUAUGAGCAGCACUUUUUAGGGUGGGAAAGGUGAAUGUCAGGGUAGGGAGGGAGGGCUGAGGGUAGCAGGGUUAUAUAGAGGGGGAUUUGUGCCUGUGGGAGAGAAGGUUCUACAGUAAAAACCUUACCCAGCUAGCCACAGGGACUUGUUUUAAGAGACAUGCAUGUGAAGAAUGGUUGCCAUUGUUAUAUCUAGACUGAUAAGGUGUUAAUUUUUCUGUAGGAUGUAACUUUUAAAAUAACUGAAAUUUAAGGGUUAUGCUGCACUAGUAUUCCUUAGAGGAAACUGUUCCUUAAAGCUAGGAAACGGAUUAGGCAUGUGUUGUUGGCAAAGGUUAUUAAAUAGAAGCAAUGGAGUCUGUUAUGCUAAUACUAGUAAGUAUUAAGGUUGCUUUUCUUUAAUGUUUUUGGUUAUAUGCAUAUUUAGAGCACUGCCUUUUAUUUGUCCUAUUUUAAGAAAAUUUAGGAUUGCUAAAAAAAAAAAAAGCAACCUCUCCCCCUGUUAAU